AUGAUUCUGAUCUCGCUUUCCUUGGCCAUCUUGGUUUGUGGUCUGGGGUUGGGCAGAGGAGGGACCUUCGACUCGAAGCGUGUUCUCUACGUGCACGCUCGAGAUGGUUUAGAGGACAAGCUGGAGCCUGAUGACAUCGGGGCCUGCCUGGCCCUGCCGGUGUCGACCCUCCGAAAGGCGACGCUCACAGCGAUUUCGGACAUCUUGAAGAAGCUCGGGGAAGUGAUGGACACGUCUGCCGAAAGAGGCCAGGAGCGCUUCCUCCUCUUCGCAGCCCUCGAGCUCACCAGCGCUGGAGUUCGCCUGCUGGACGUGACGUACCUUCACUACUGUGAGCGGCUUGGCUGUGAGACCUGCGGGCUCAGCCGGAGCGCGGAGUCGGAGGAGUCCUCUUUGAGUUUGCUCGAGGCCUUCGGCCGGAAGGCUGCCGCUCUCUGCCAUCUGGUUGAGUCCUCCGUCGCCCUGACGACAUCGACUCUGGAGAUUCGCCAGAGAGAGCCGCCAAUUAUCCAGAGAAGAAGUGCGACACAGCAAGUUCGACACGCGCUGGAGGAGUUGCUGAAAGCAGACAUCUCGGUGGGCCUGGAGGAGCUUCCUCGCGGUGACGAAGCGCUCAUCAAUGUGGGUGGCAUAGUGGGCCAGACCGUGCGGCUCAUAAUCUUACAGCUGCUGGACGCAAUCCCAGACAUGGCCUCCGAAGUUCGCCACCUGCCAAAAGGAGUGCCAGCAUGGUCGCAGCUCGCCGCCGCAGAGGUUCUGGAAGCGAGUGGAGCCAGCAGCGCCGCCGUGCAGGAGAUGCUGUUCCUUCUCCCGCUUCCAGCAGGCUGGCCAGCGACCAGGGCAUCGCCCCUCUGCGAGAAGCGCUUGCUGGAAAGCUCCGGACGAGGCAGAGACCAAGCUCAAAUUGCUUUCGCUCGAAGGGAUGCGGCAGCCACGACCACUUGGCUGGGAGCGUCGCCGAGUCAGCUGCUGAAGAUCAUUGCGACUUCCGGGAGGCCGGUUCAUCGCUCGUACGUGGCGAUUCGCCAAGCGGGUCGCUUCGGCCAGGAGGCGAGUUGUGAGGAAUCCGUGGGGAUCCUCUACGACCCGACGCUCUGCCUUGACGACGAGCUGGGGCUCAGUGGCGUGAUCUAUUUUCUCACCAUGGACCCGGAGAUUGACGACCCUCUCUACGUCAGAUGGAUUGGGCGAGCCUGGUCGGGGCAGCGGUCCAAGGAGCAGCCCGUGUGGCAGUCAACAAUGGAUCCGAUCAUGCCGCCUCCUGACCCCUACGACCUUAUAUCGCUGAACCCAAUGGCGGGAAAUUGCCGGACGAUAUGGCAGAUCCUGCAGGCCGACAGCAUCAGCACGGCGAGCAUCGUGUACGUGCCCGUGAAUCCAACCAUUCCUCCGCCGCUGGAGGUGAUGCCAAACUUCACGCACUUCUACAUCUGGCACCGGCGCAAGUCCAAAGCGGCUCGGAGAGUUGGUAUGGAUCGAUUCAUCAGCAACCUUCAGGCAUUUCGAAGGUACAUUGCUGCGCAGUGCUCGCUUGAAACGGUUGCCAAGCUCUUGCAGCCGCUGGGCUAUGAGCUCUUGUUUCUUGAGCACUUUGUUGCAGUGCUUGUUCACCAGCGAAUGGUGUCGUUGGUGCGGCAGCAUCUUGGUCAGCCAGGCACCACACCAUCUACCUUUGAAGUGUGGCGUCAAGGCUGGUAUUGCUCGCCCUACUCUCGGUACAUGGACCACUUGGAGGUGGGUGUUGGCUUCGAUGCGACCUGGCUGAGUCCAGAGCCUGCUGGGCCGUCCCAGAAAGGUCUCGGCUGUUCAAGGUCCUUCAGGGAGUUUCUCGCGGCGGAAGGGCACUUGAUAUCCGGGAGCUACACAGGCAAAGACGUGUGCGAGGAGGAGCUGCCAAGCACUUCCAGAAGCAUGGCGAUGCAGGCCACGCAAAGAAGAUUGAGGCUACUGCGUGGGACUGCCAGCGCAGGAAAGGGGGUGGCAUCUGCGGAGGCCAUGGACAUGCAGCCAAGAGCAAACGCUGCCUGGUGUGCGGGCCCCCAGGAAGCGAUCCGGAACGUCGUCCAAGAGCUUUUGGAGGGAGGAGAUCUGUCGGAGGAUGGCUCCGAGCUGCUCCAUUUCCUGAUCCAGGGCCUUCGCAGCUCAAAAGUGGCGGUUGCUGAGGCUGCCGCACAGGGUCUGCUCGCUCUCAUGCGCAGCGAGGGCAAUCGAAACGUGAUCAAAGCUUCGUCGGCUCCUUCUGCUCUCAAGGCACUGCACUUCUUCGAGCGAACAGAGCUGUCCGCCUUGGCAGAAGAGCUGUCCAAGGAGCUGGGAGACUGUACUCGGGAGCAGAACCACUGGGUGAACUUUGCCUAUGGAGAGCGGGGAACUCUGAGCUUAAAAGUGAAGCUCAGCGAAGCCAGGGAGGCAGAAAUCUUGUCGAGCCAUGGCUGGAGGGUGUGGCCCGGGGCCCAAUUGCUGACGUCCUGGAUGGUGUCUGAACCCAGCUUUCUCGUGGGCCGAAGAGUCUUGGAGGCUACAAAAAGGGGAGAGGUGGGUGCCGGGCCAGGGCUGUGCGGCCUGGCAGCAGCUGCUCUUGGGGCCAAAGAGGUGGAUCUGAGCGAUCGCUGCAAGGCUGUUCAGAAGGCGCUGACGAUGAGCGCGGAGGAGAACGGCUUAAAGAAUGUGACGGUGAGAUCCCUCGAUUGGGAGGCGCCGGACGCACUUGAUCGCUACGACGUGGCUUUGGCCAGCGAGGUGAUCUACCAAAAGCCAGCUGUAGAAGCUUGGACGCAGGAAAGGCUGCCGAAGUUGCUGCUUGAAGUCCUGAAGCCAGGAGGUGUGUUCUGCGCCUGCGAGAACGCUGAGCGCUCUCAAAAUGGUGUGAGACUCUUGCCACUGUUUUUCCAAGAGAUGGAGACCUUGGGAUUCUACCAAUUGCACCUUGAGACGAAGCACUUUGAAGGAUGUGAUGACGAGCACACCCUUUUCAAGUUCGGACGUAGCAGAUGA